CCACCACCCUCUCUCCCCCUCCUCGUUCACCAACAAUCCACAACCAUGGUGCACAUCAACCGCGUAGCCACCUCCAAGGAGAUUGACGAGGAAAGGGCCCAAUUCGACGACAUUGCCGCCGUCAGCACCAUCAAUCUGACCCCGGACGACGAGCUGGAUGACUUCACGGCAACCGUCUAUGGCAGCAGGUAUGCCGCCGAAGACCUGCCCAGGCAUGAGAUGCCCGAGCGAGAGAUGCCGCCCCAGGUGGCCUACCGCAUGAUCAAGGAUGACCUUACCCUCGACGGAACACCAACGCUCAACUUGGCUUCUUUCGUCACCACCUACAUGGAAGACGAGGCUGAGAAGCUCAUGGUCGACGCCUUCUCCAAGAACUUUAUUGACUACGAAGAAUACCCCGUCAGCGCCGAUAUCCAGAACCGAUGUGUCUCCAUGAUUGCUCGACUGUUCAACGCACCGAGCACAGACGAUGCAAACAUUAUUGGUACUUCGACAAUUGGAUCUUCAGAGGCCAUUAUGCUGGGUGUACUGGCAAUGAAGAAGCUUUGGCAAAACAAGCGCAAGGCCGAGGGAAAGCCCUUCGACAAGCCCAACUUGAUCAUGAACUCGGCAGUGCAGGUUUGCUGGGAGAAAGCAUGCCGAUACUUUGACAUUGAAGAGAAAUAUGUCUACUGUACACCCGAUCGCUACGUCAUUGACCCCAAAGAAUGCGUAGACUUGGUUGAUGAGAACACCAUUGGCAUUUGCGCAAUUCUCGGAACAACAUACACUGGCGAGUAUGAAGACAUCAAGGCCAUCAAUGACCUACUGGUCGAGCGAGACAUUGAUGUCAACAUUCACGUCGACGCUGCUUCAGGUGGUUUUGUCGCUCCUUUUGUCAACCCCGGCCUUCUCUGGGACUUCCGUCUUCCCAAGGUUACCACCAUCAACGCCUCAGGACACAAGUAUGGCCUUGUUUACCCUGGUGUGGGUUGGGUCGUCUGGCGAGACCCCCAAUACCUACCCCAGGAGCUUGUCUUCACCAUCAACUAUCUUGGUGCUGACCAGGCUUCCUUUACCCUCAACUUCUCGCGUGGAGCCUCGCAGAUUAUCGGACAGUACUACCAGCUCAUUCGUCUUGGAAAGCGUGGCUACAGGAGGAUAAUGCUGAACCUGACACGCAUUGCCGACUACCUAGCCGCAAAUCUCGAGUCCAUGGGCUUCGUCAUCAUGAGCCAACGCGGAGGCCAAGGUCUCCCGCUCGUCGCAUGCCGCAUUGACGAGGAUCUUGACAAGCAGUACGACGAGUUUGCCAUUGCACACCAGCUCCGUGAGCGCGGCUGGGUAGUGCCCGCCUACACCAUGGCGCCCCAUUCGGAGAAGAUGAAGAUGCUGCGUGUCGUUGUCCGUGAGGACUUUACCAAAUCUCGGUGUGACGCGCUACUUGCAGACUUUCGGCAAGCUUUGCAAACACUCGACGCGCUCGAUGCCAAGAAGAUUGAAGACCAGAGACAACAUGCAUUUGCUAUGCGCCGCCGCUCGACGCUCGUCAGUCCCAUCUUUAAGAGGCAGGCCACGGAUCACUUUGAAGAGAAGCACAGUCUGCAGGGCAAGACGGGCAAGACUCAUGCCGUUUGCUAAAUGAAUCUUUGGUAAAAGACUGGCUGGUCCACCUAGAAGAUACAAGAUGACGACGACUUGAAUGAAAUUAUGAUGACAGUAU